AUGGAGCAGCUCGCCCUGGGCUGGGUGCUGCUGCUCAGCACCUUGGCCAGCGCGUUGGCCACCGGUUGCAAGCGAGACCUGGGUCCCGUCAAGGAGGUGGCGAUGGACAUGGCCCUCAGCACCUUUGAUGACCAGUACCAGGGCUGCAGCCGCAUGAUGGAGGCUGAGCUGGAGGAGCUGAACCGCACCGAGUUCGCCAACGAGGUCUAUGCCGACGGCUGGAGAAAUGCCGCCAUGGAGUGGCGAAAUCGAUGGGGUCACGCCGCCCGCCCACCGGCGUUGGGACGGGAUCAGGCCACGGCCAUGCUGGCGUACACGAUGGAGGGGAAACUGUAUCACGAGUUCAACGCGGCCACGCGAGGGGAUGGCAUCUCCCCGCAGCGCUACCUACGCUCCUUCCCCUUCAAGACGCUGCACUUCCUCCUGAGCAGAGCCCUGCACACACUGCGCGAAUCCCAGCCCCAGCGAUGCCACCACGUCUACCGCGGCGUCAGGGGCACCCGCUUCACGGCACGGCGAGGGAGCACGGUGCGCUUUGGCCAGUUCACCUCCUCCUCCCUCCAGAAGAAGGUCGCUGAGUCUUUUGGCCAGGACACCUUCUUCUCGGUGGAGACCUGCUAUGGCGUGCCCAUCCAGAAUUUCUCCACCUUCCCCGGUGAGGAUGAAGUCCUCAUCCCACCCUUUGAGCACUUCAAGGUCACCAACAUCACCUACAACGAAGGCAGAACCUUCAUCCAGCUCCGCUCCCAGGGGAACAACAGCACCUACAACUGCGAGUUCGUGAAGGAGAAAAGGUGCAAGGAGCGGCCGUGUGUUUUCAGCGCAGGCAGGAGCAUCCCUGGGGAAGCCCCGCAGCUCUGGGUGCUCCUCCUGGCAGCCGCAGCCCUGGCAGCCGUGGGAGCCCCCUGAGCUUUACAGCACGCUGCUGCCGUCCCUCGGAGCCAGACUCCUCUCCGUGACGUUCCCACCAGGCCUGGUGGCCCCAGAUCCUGCUUGAGCUUUUCACCGGUGCUUGUGCUGCUGCUGUGAUGCCCACCGAAGGCUGAGGACAUCUUUGCUUGCAGAUGCUGCCAUGCUCACCUCCACAGUGCGGUCACCUCCACAGUGAGGUCACUUCCAAGCACCGAGCUGUGGGGCACAGCCAGGCUGCCCUUGCCCCCUCCCUGCAGCAGAGCCCGUG